AUUUAUUUUAAUUAAAUUUAAAAAGUAAAAAAUACGUCUAUAAACAGUCAAUAUCACUUACCAAAUAAUCUAUAUAAUAUUACAAAUAAUUAUUUAUGGUAACUAAUUGUUAAAACUAUAGCAAAAGUAAUGAUGUUUGAUCGAUUUUUAUAUUUAUAAACUACAUAAUAUACUAAAAAAGUUUAUUAAAAUCGAUAAAAUAGUUUUAUAUUCUUAUAUAAAGCCUUAUAUUUGUAUUUAUAAACUAUAUAAAAUAUUUCAAAAAUAAUUUAUGGAAUUGAUAUAGUAGUUUUAUUUGCCUAUGUGAUUGAUAUGAAUAUGUAGAGAAUAUGUAGAGAAUCUGUAACAAUUAUAUUGUUUUAACUUUUUAAGCUUAUUAAAGACAUAAAACUUUAGCUAUAAAUUAUUUAAAAUCAAAUUUUUUAACAUUAUAGACCUUCAAAACUUAAGUAAUUUUAUUAAAAACUGAAUCUUGAAUAUUGUAUUUAACUAAUUUUAGUAAAAUUAUCAAAACAAAAUAUCAAAAAAUAUUUAAAAUAGUCAUAUUAUCUUUUUCAAAAAAAAAAAUUUUCUUAGAAAAAUAUUUAACAAAAAAACACAUAAUGAUAAAAAAAUAUAUUUUAAUUUGAAAGUUACAAUAAAUAUAUUGUUACAAAACAUUUAACCCGCGAAAUUGCGGCCAUCCACCUAGUUAUUUGUUAAAUAAUAGUAUAGAUAGAUCACAUAGUUAGAGAAAUGAAUGCUUUACUCAACCAAUAACAAUUAACAAGAUGGUAACACAUAUGGUAUAUAAUCAAAAGAAAUAAAGAAAAGGUAAACAAAAAUCGAAGAGAAUCAUUACGUUUUGAGUAAGUUAUCCAAUUUGACAACCACUUCUAUAUAGACAAGAUAUGAAUAAUUAACAAGUUAUACGGACCGGUUAAACAGUAAAGAUUAAAAACGCGUUUAUGGACUAAUACAGAAAGAAGAGAAUAAAAUCAUCAUUUGCCAGAGAAGCAGUUUCACAAAGUGCACACUCUUCAUCUUCUUUUUCUUCUCGGUAAUGUUGUCUUCGUAGAGGAAGAAGAUCAACGAAGCAUAAGCGAAACCUAUCCUCCUUACAUAAGCCACAUCAUAAAAAUGGCGGCUGCUUAUUUCUUCUCGCGGUUUACUACAUUCUCUUUCCUCUUUUCCUUGGCUCUUCUCUGUGGAUUUUCUCUAGCCGGCGAUCCUUCCGUCUCCUACGUGUUUGAAGUCUCGUACAUCACUGCUUCUCCUCUCGGCGUUCCUCAACAGGUUAUAGCAAUGAAUGGGAAAUUUCCAGGCCCUGUGAUUAAUGCUACCACAAACUACAAUGUUGAUGUUAAUGUUUUCAAUCGUUUGGAUGAGCCUUUUCUAUUCACCUGGAAUGGGAUCGAGAUUCGGGGUGAAUCGUGGCAAGACGGUGUUCUUGGCACAAACUGUCCCAUCCCUCCGAACUGGAACUUCACUUACAGCUUUCAAGUGAAAGAUCAAAUCGGAAGUUUUUUCUAUUUCCCCUCACUUAGCCUUCAGAGAGCUUCUGGUGGUUUUGGACCAAUCAUAAUCAAUAACCGGGAUCGUAUUCCUAUCCCGUUCAAUGAGCCUGAUGGCGAAAUCAGCUUUAUGAUUGGCGAUUGGUAUACUCAGAACCAUACAGCAUUAAGGGGUGUACUUGACUCUGGUGAAGAACUUGGGAUGCCUGAUGGAGUCCUCAUCAAUGGGAAAGGUCCUUACAAGUACACUAGCAGUGUACCUGAUGGAAUCCACUAUGAAACCAUUAAUGUUGAUCCAGGGAAAACAUACAGGAUCCGUGUUCACAAUGUUGGUACCUCCACAAGCUUGAACUUCAGGAUUCAGAACCACAAAAUGCUCUUAGUUGAAACUGAGGGUCACUACAACUCGCAAACAAACUUCACCGAUUUCGAUAUCCAUGUGGGACAGUCUUAUUCAUUCUUGGUCACCAUGGACCAAAACGCCUCAACUGACUACUACAUUGUGGCGAGUGCUAGAUUUGUGAACGAAACAGCGUGGCAAAGAGUCACCGGUGUUGGCAUUCUCCAUUAUUCCAAUUCCGAAGGACAGGCUUCUGGUCCUCUUCCAGUUCCAGCAACUGAUGUUUCUCAACCUUGGUCUGUAAUGAACCAACAAAGAGCCAUAAAGCAAAACACAUCUGCAAGUGGUGCUCGUCCAAAUCCGCAGGGAUCAUAUCACUACGGAGAGAUAAACAUCACAGGCACAUACAUCUUGAGGAGUAUGCCUCCAACCAAAAUCAAUGGGUCAGUUCGUGCUACGCUUAAUGGGAUUUCAUUUCUGAACCCAAGCACGCCCAUGAGGCUUGCGGAUAAGCAUAAAGUGAACGGAGUUUAUAAACUGGAUUUCCCAGAGAGACCUGCUGACAAUAUACCUCCACGUUUGGAGAGUUCUAUCAUCAACGCGACAUACAAGGGCUUUAUUCAAAUUAUUUUCCAGAACAAUGACACAAAAGUCCAGAGCUUCCAUAUUGAUGGAUACUCGUUUUACGUUGUUGCGAUGGACUUCGGUAACUGGACUGAAGACAAAAAAGGCUCUUAUAACAAUUGGGAUGCAGUAUCAAGAAGCACGGUCGAGGUUUACCCCGGGGCAUGGACUGCUGUACUUCUUUCCCUCGAUAAUGCCGGAGUUUGGAACAUCAGAGUUCAGAAUCUUGACAGAUGGUAUCUUGGCCAAGAAACAUACAUGCGAAUCAUAAACCCUGAGGAGAACGGUAGCACAGAAAUGGAUCAGCCUGGAAAUGCUCUUUACUGUGGUGCUCUCAAGAGCAUGCAGAAGGACCAGAUCCAUAGCUCUGCAACAUCAAUAUUAAAUGAAAAGUUGAAUCUAGUUUUCAGCUUGGUGAUGGUUCUGCUCGCCUUGGUUCCAGUAUUUUUCUGUUAAAUCUGAUCUCUCAUUGGUGAAAUUGUAUGAUACAAACUGUUGGGCUUCUUUUUUCUUCUUCUUUGAUUUCAUUGAUUGUUUGUUUAUGUACUUCUCAUUAUCCGAAAUAACUUCAGAUUGUGGGGCUUGCUUUGUGUCUAAAGCAUUGUAGUUUGUGUCUUCUACAUUAUUUCUACAAUUAUUAAGCAAUGCUUAAAAGUAGAGAUGGACAAAACAAAAGUCUCGUCCUGUUCGGUAUGAGUAUAUACUUUUGAUUCGUAUUUUUGUUCUUUACUA